UUAUUAAAGAUUUCAAGUAAGUUAAAAAACCUACUAUAGCUUAAGAAAAUUUGACUUUUUUAUUUUGGCCAAAUAAGUUGAAAAAGUCAAAUAAACUAUAAUUUAAAAUUGUCACCAAAGAUCAUUAAUUAAAUUUUUAUAAGUUGACUUAUAAAGCCGAUAGAAUGUUGGAAAUAGAAUUCCUAGUUGGUUGGUUGUCCUCGUUAUCUUAGAAUCUCAAGAUUAGUAACAUUGUUGUGUUAGAACUUUAGAUUCAUAGGGUUAAAGAAUAAGUAGUUAAUAGGAUAUAUACAAGGCCAAUCCUAAAAAAACUAGGAGACUUGGGUGUAAUAGAAUAGCAAAUAACCACCCAAUACUUGUACACCAAGCAACACCGGAACAUUAUAUAUAGAAGAGAUGGACAUGUUUUCAAAGAUCACCAAAAACAGCAAAAACAGUAAUCAGCAAAUUCUAGAGAGAGUGUGUUUCUUUGAGAGCGAGAAAAAUCAGAAGAACAAUGAUUUGGACAAGAGGAAAGACACUGGGAAGUGGGGGUUCUUCAAUGGUGUCUCUGGCUACAGUAGUUUCACCCACAACUAAUGGUCUACCUUUUGUCAUGGCUGUGAGAUCUGCUCCCAUCUAAGACUCUUACUUGCUUUGCAAGGAAAGAGAAUUGCACAGCAAGUUUGAAGGCUGCCCUUAUGUUCUCUACUGUUUUGGGGACGACAAUACGAUGGAUGCUGAAGGAGAGCACUGGUGCAAUAUCUGGUUGGAGUAUGCUGGUGGUGGUAGUUUGGCUGAUCGUAUUCAGAGUUUUGGCAGAGGAUUGCCUGAGAGCAAAGUCAGACCAUACGCAAAAUCUGUACUUCUGGGUCUGAGUUACAUUCACAAGAAGGGUUACGUUCACUGUGAUAUAAAGCCUCAGAAUAUAUUGCUUGUGGACACAAACGAUGACUUAGCAAUGAGUGUGAGUGGAAAUAGGAGGGUCAAAGAAAGUAUUGCAAAGAUUGCUGACCUUGGGCUUGCAAAGAAGGCUAGACAGAGGCAGAAAGGAAAAGGAAGACUCAGGGGCACUGCUCUGUAUAUGGCUCCGGACUUGAUUCAGGAUGAACAAUAUGAUUCACAUACUGAUAUUUAUCGAUCAAUCAAUAAUACAUCAAAUUUAACACCAUGGGAAUAUGGUCCAGAUACGGAAAGAGAAGAUAUUUUAUUGAGAAUUGGAUUUACAGAGGACGUGCCUGAAAUUCCACGUGACCUCUCAAAAGAGGCACAAGAUUUUAUCAAGAAGUGCUUGGUUAGGGAUCCAAAGUCUCCGUGGACUGCUGAUAUGCUCUUAGGCCAUCCCUUUGUUUCAGUGGCAGAUAGCGCCUUCACUAGAAGUAUUGAAGACAAAAGAAACAGAGUUGUUCUUCCAAAAACAGCGAAAGCUGUUCUUAAUUAAUCAUUCCAAGUUCAUUGAAUCUUCCUAUACCUUACUUUCUCAAGUCAUAUUCAGCAUCAAAUGGACACGUUGUACCUAAAAGUUUCAUGGCCACAAAGCACUCGGGUGAUACUGUUUCUGAAGACUUCGGUGAAUUUCCUGCUUACAAAAGUGCAGAAAAAAUUGGAGGUAGAUGUAGAACAAGGGCUAUCUGGAACCAGUUUUCAUCUGGAUGCCUUGGUAUGGCAUUGGGCUAUCCAGAGGAUUUCUCAGUUUUCACCCUAACGUCACUGAAAUUUUUUAGCUUUAGGCAUAGUGGCUUUAAUUCGACCAAUGUGCCCCAAAACACUGAUCAAAUUUCCUUUUCUUGAGCUUCUUUGUUCCCUUAUUUUUUCCUGACUUUAGGUAGUGUAGGCUGUCCUCCUAGCUUUGGAUACAGGAAGAACGCUUGUAUGUCCCUAUCUCACACACAACAAAAUGAUUUUUCUGAAACUGAGCGAGGAAUUGGAAAUUAAUAACAGAUUGACUGCGAGCUCAAACACAAUGAAAGCUAUGAUUUGAUCAAAUAAUGAAAUGGCUAAUCAAACUAAGACAAACAGGAAUAAAACAAUGCUAUGUUAAACGUCCGCAAGAUAUAGCUUCACAACAUUUAAAGGGUUCAUAAUGAUUUGGAUUGAUAUUUGAUACCCAUAGACAAGAACAAUAUGUCAUCUAAUAACAUGAAGAACUAUGUAAUGGAUGAGUUCAGAAUACUUUUCAUCUAAUCGCAUAGAUACAAGUUUACAAAACCAAUAGAGAAUAAUACAAUAAGUUUCAUUACCCACUCCAAUAUAAUCAAACACCAAAAUGCUCCAUAUAACACAGUUUUUCAAAAAGUUCACAUACCUUCAAAAGAAAGGGGCAAUACCACCAAUGAUGGAACAAGAACAAUGGAAGCCACCUCUGGAUAUACAUGAUUGCAAAUGCCUUUUUCAAGACCUUAGCCAAUUUUCCAGUACAAUCAUAAGCGAGGCAAUCAAAUAUGCAUUACAGCAAACACCUAAUAUGCACACAGAAAAAAAAAAAAAAAACC